AUGGAGCUGGCCAAUUGGACCGAGGUCUCCGCGUUCUUUCUGAAAGGGUUUUCUGGAUACCCAGCCCUGGAGCACCUGCUCUUCCCUCUGUGCUCAGCCAUGUACCUGGUGACCCUGCUGGGGAACGCGGCCAUCGUGGCGGUGAGCGUGCUGGAUGCUCACCUGCACACACCCAUGUACUUCUUCCUGGGCAACCUCUCCAUCCUGGACAUCUGCUUCACAUCCUCCUUUGUGCCCCUGAUGCUCGUCCACCUCCUGUCGGUCCAGAAGACCAUCUCCUUCAUCGGCUGCGCCAUCCAGAUGUGUCUGGGCCUCUCCACGGGCUCCACGGAGUGUGUGCUGCUCGCCGUCAUGGCCUACGAUCGCUACCUGGCCAUCUGCCAGCCACUCAGGUACCCCGUGCUUAUGAGCCACCGGCUCUGCUUGCUGCUGGCAGGGGCCGCCUGGGUCCUCUGUCUCUUGAAGUCAGUGGCUGAGACAAUCAUCACCAUGAGGCUGCCCUUCUGUGGCCACCACGUGGUCAGUCACUUCAGCUGCGAGAUCCUGGCAGUGCUGAAGCUGGCGUGCAGUGACACAUCAGUCAACGAGGGCUUCCUGCUGGUGGAUGCCAUCCUGCUGCUGCCUGUGCCCCUGGCAUUCAUCUGUCUGUCCUACAUGCUUAUCCUGGCCACCAUCCUGAGGGUGCCCUCGGCUGCUGGGCGCAAAAAGGCCUUCUCCACCUGCUCGGCCCACCUGGCCGUGGUGCUGCUUUUCUAUGGCACUUUCAUCUUGAUGUACUUAAAACCCAAGAGCAAGGACGUCCAUGUCUCGGACAAGGUCUUCACGGUCCUCUACGCGGUGGUCACGCCCAUGCUGAACCCCAUCAUCUACAGCCUGAGGAACAAGGAGGUGAAGGAGGCCGCCAGGAAGGUGUGGGGUGGGACAUGGACCUCCCGGUGAGUGCGGCCAUGGCUCCGCAAGUUAGCAGGUGAGACCUUCAUCUGCCGACAGUGAGGACAGGGGCUGUGAGUCUGGAAUCUUCAUCCCAGAAAGGCAGCACCAAGUCCCCCUGAUCCCGCCACAGAAGAGCUCGCAAUCAAUCGCCUCUGCUCCUUCCCCGCCAGUGCCCUAGGCCAGCUCCCAGCCUCACUCCCUGCAUCUUCACACCAGCACCUGGACUCACGAUUUCACUCUCGUUCCCCCCAUUCUAUCCCCCAAGGGGGAUCCGAGGGGCUCUCGUUGAAAAGUGCAGGUGAUCCUGCCACGCUCCUGACUGACACCCCUCAGUGGCUCCCCAGAGCUCUCAGGGUGAAGUGUAAGGUCUUCAGUGGGGCAAUCAAGUUCCCCCCAGGCUGGAUCUGCUGGCCCUGUCUACUGCCCUCCCUGCCCUCUGCCCCAUAGCCCCCUCCUGUCAGCCACACACACCAGCCUAGGGUGAGUGUAAGCGAGCAGGCCUCUACAGCCCCUUCCCAUGAUUGACUUCCACACAUGUCCUCCGUCUGCCCUUCGUCUGCAGAAAAAUUUUAGUCAAAGAAUAAAUUUAGGAGUUCCCCUAAUGGCUCAGCAGUAACAAACACAGCUAAUAACCAUGAGGUUGCAGGCUUGAUCCCUGGCCUUGAUCAGU